GUUACUGGAAGAGGGAAAAAAGAAGAUGGCAGGCGCUAAGUCAGCGUUGGUGUUGUGCAUGGAUGUUGGAUUCUCCAUGUCCAAUUCCGCCCCGGGUGAAGAGCCUCACUUUGAACUUGCCAAAAAAGUCAUCCAGAAGUUUGUCCAGCGCCAGGUGUUUGCAGAGACCAAGGAUGAACUAGCUUUAGUUCUGUUCGGCACCGACUCCACCAAGAACCAGUUGGACCAGGAUGGCCAGUACCAGAACAUCACUGUGCAUCGUCACCUUAUGAUACCUGAUUUUGAGCUUCUGGAGGAAAUAGAGAAUCAGAUCCAUCCAGAGAGUCAGCAGGCUGAUUGGAUGGAUGCUCUCGUUGUCUGCAUGGAUCUCCUUCAGUCAGAAACAAAGGGGAAGAAGUGUGGUCGUCUCAACAUUGUCCUCCUUACUGACCUCAACUCUCAGGCCAGCCCAGAGCACCUUGACGUUAUUGUUGAAAACAUGAAACAAGCUGGCAUCACCUUGCAGUUUUUUUUGCCUUUCCCUGCGGAGGACAAUGAAGAGGGUGGAGGAGAUGCGGACAGGAGAGGCCCUGGUCACCCGGGCAUGGGCAAAGGUCUAUCCAGGGAACAGAAGGAUGGCCUGGACCUAGUGAAACACGUCAUGCUGAGCCUGGAUGAGGAGGACGGCCUGGAUGAAAUUUACACCUUCAGGAAUGCAAUUGAGCAGCUGUGCAUGUUCAAGCGAAUCGAGAGGAGACCCACGGCCUGGCCCUGUCAGCUGACCAUCGGCAGUUGUCUGUCCAUCCGUAUUGUUGGCUACAAAGCAGUGACAGAAGAGAAACUGAAGAAAACGUGGAUGACAAUUGACGCUCAAACCAACAAGAGAGAGGACGUGAAAACAGAAACUGUCUACUGUCUGAAUGAUGACAAUGAGACAGAGGUGCAGAAGGACGAUAUCAUCCAAGGUUUUCGUUAUGGAAGCGAUAUUGUUCCAUUCUCCAAAGUAGAUCAAGAGCAGAUGAAAUACAAGCACGAUGGGAAGUGCUUUGCUGUUCUGGGCUUCACCAAACAGAACAUGGUACGUCGCCAUCAGUUCAUGGGGAGCCAAGUCAUCAAGAUGUUUUCUGCCAAGGAUGAUGAGCAUGCAGGAGUUGCACUGUCCGCCCUCAUCCGAGCGCUGCAUGAGCUCCAAAUGGUGGCCAUCGUACGUUACGCCUAUGACCGGCGCUGCAACCCUCAAGUAGGAGCAGCUUUCCCGUGCAUCAAACAGGACUAUGAGUGUCUCAUGUACGUCCAGCUGCCCUUCAUGGAAGACCUCAGACAGUUUACAUUUCCAUCUCUUGAAAACAACAAAAAGUUCACUCCAUCAGACACCCAGCUGUCUGCUGUGGACUCUCUUAUUGACUCCAUGAUGUUGGUAGAGGACGAUGAUAAUGCUGGACAAAAGGACAUGUUCAAGGUCCACCACCUUCCCAAUCCUGCCUUCCAGAGGCACUUCCAGUGUCUGCACCAUCGGGCAGUAAGCCCCGGCACCCCCCUUCCCCCCAUGGAGCCAUGGCUGAAGGCUGCUCUUGAGUGCCCUGAUGUCAUUAGCAACCGCUGCCAGGCUCCACUAGAGGAGGUGAAGAGCAAGUUUCCUCUCACAGAAGUGGAGAAGAAAAAGAAACUGAAGACGAGUGCACAGAUUUUUGGCAAAGACGCUGAGGAGCCAGAUGCCAAGAAGGCAAAAGGAGAUGAAGAAGAGGAGGAUUAUAACCUGGCUGACAUUGCUGAAGGCUCUGUUACUUCGGUGGGAAGCGUGGAUCCAGCCCGAGACUUCCGCACUCUGAUCAAGCUGAAGAGUCUUCCAUUCGGAGAGGUCUGUCAGCAGCUGACUCACAGGAUUGAGCAGUUGCUUAGCAACAAGACGACACACUACUACAUGAAAAGCAUCACCUGUAUCCAGGCUUUUAGAGAGCAGUCUGUUAAGCUGGGGAAUGCUGAUCUGUACAAUAGCUACCUACAGUCGUUGAAAAGAAGCAUUCCAAACAGACGGCUGGAGGUUUUCUGGGACCUGCUUGUUCAAGAUGCCAUAACUCUGAUCAGUAAGGACGAGGUUGAAGGAAGCACCGUAUCCAAAAAUGAAGCUAAUCAGUUCCUGGCUGCUGAGGAGCAGAAAGAGGAGGCGCCUGCACCACCAGCUGAAGAUACUGGAGAUGUUGAUGACCUGCUGGACAUGAUGUAAGAAAGGAGGCAAUGGGAGCGUCUGCAGUGGACAUGCAGAGAAAUGAGAAGAAUGUAGUCAUUCAGCCCAGCCAGUCCAAACCAAUUCAGCCGUCCAUUGUUCUGCCUCCCACUUGGAGACCCCUGAAACUUGUAACUGGUGAUACUCAGUAACUGCACGCAUACUCCACAGACCAAAUGUUUGACUUAACUAAUUUUACACCAGUACUGUAUACAAGAUUAUGCUUUUCUAUAUAAUUCACAAAAACUAUUGCAAGUACUCUAGUCCUCUAGAAGACUUCAGAUGUUUUGUUUGAAAUGUCAGUGUUUUAUUUUUGUGAAUCUCUUGUUCUAAUUCCAUGGUAAUUUUCAGUAAUGCUGAAUACAGUGAGUUCUUAAAAUCUCACGAUUUAUUUGCACUAGAAACUCGUUGUGACUUCAGAGAAGACAGCAUUGCAGUUUCCAGCAAACUGCAGGUUUAUUAUCUGAAAUCAGUAAAGCUUAGUGGCGGAAAAAGAAUGAGUGACUUGUACUUUUUGUGUAAUAAAAUAUGGAAGAUGAAUAUAGUUUUCCUGACAAAUGUAGCACAAUGCUGUGAUGUCAUUUGCAAGUUGCACAGUGCAUAGUGGAAUUCUGGUAAACCAGUAUCUCAUGUUUAAAAUGUUAGAUUAACAGCAGUAGCACGAGUAUGAUGUUCAUGUCCAUGUGUUGUCUCUUCAACAUACCCACUGGAUGAAACGGUCAAACAAACUGUAUUGGGACAGACCAGAGGCGUCAUUUACUUUAAAGAUGGCGUCCUGGUCGCCCAUGGCCAGCUUCGUUAGGACUUCUUGGUCAACGUCACUUCCUGUGGCUAUCACUGUGGAGACGGCCUGUGCCCCGCGCAUGGCACUGACCGCCUCCUCCAGGUUUUUGUUGUCAGUGACACCGUCUGUGAUGAAAACAAAUGAAACUUCUGCAUUGCGUCUCGUCUGGCGAGCAUUUCCUCUGCCCAAGACGUUGUCGAUGGUGUGGAUGAUGGCAGGCCCCACGCUGGAAGAAGAAUCCAGAUAAGGUAAGCGAGCUAUACCGUCAGCGAUGACAGCGGGGUCGUGUGUGAGAGGGAAGGCCAAGUGGUUCUCGUUCUCCUUGCCGAACUCUAUCAGUGCCAAGCGGGCUCGCAUACGAUCAGUCCUGCUCCGGGCCAGUCCCAGUCUGUCUGCCACCUUCUGCACAAAUUCCCGGACGUGCCGGAAGUUGUUCAACCCGAGGCGCUCUGAACCAUCUAGUAGAAAUACCAAAUCCAC